AUGAUUUGUGUAUCAAAUGAUGCUUUUGGGUUUUUUGAAUAUAUUAAUAACAAUAUUAAAAACUUAGAUAACAAUUUAAAUGUUGAAAAUUUAUAUAAAUCAUUUUCUCACCCCUCCCUCUCAUCUACAUAUCAACAGUACCCCAACUAUAUACCAUAUAAUGAAGCAAUUCAAGUAUUCAAAUUAUUUGACAAUUUGAAAGACAAUCAAGUAGCUCGAGUUUAUAUAGUAAUACAAUUCUUUAAAUAUUAUUUAAAUAAGAAAGAUAGAAAUGAAAAAGAAAUACACAAAUUUAUAUCUAAAGUUAUUUUAGAUAAAUCAACUAUGGUUAAUGAAUGCUACAAAUAUUUAAAGACUAUAUCAAAUCGUAACUGUAAUAUAAAUAAUAUAUUUUUUAUUCUAGAUAAAAUUUUCAAAGAUAAAAGUAGAUUAGAAGAGCUCAGACUAACAUCAUCAACAGAAGACUUAUCAGAAUCAAAAUCAAAAUUUCAAAAUAAAUCAUUUAUAAAGAAUUUAGAACUAUUAUUAGAUUUAAAAUCAAUACAAACAAAUAACACUCAAGUUUUUAUUCAAUAUUUUCAAAAGUUUAUAGAUUCUCACCCUCCUACCUCAAUUUCCCAACUCUAUUUCUAUAAUUUGCUUUAUGACACAUUAUCCAAAAUGGAAGAUCCUAAUUUAACAAACUUAAUAACCACAUUACAAUCAUAUAAACCAAUAAUAAAAGGAUUAUUUAUAAACAAUAAAAGACCUUACAACGAAAUAACAAUAGAGGAACCUUUAAAAUCAAAAAAGAAAUUAAAACCAAAUGUAACAACAUCAGCAAAUAAUGAUCGAAAAGAAAUUUAUUUAUACAAUUUGCUAAUACAAAAAAUCAUCGGCUACAUUUUAUACACCAACAAAUUCCUUAAAUGGAAGAUAGAGUACCAACCGAUCGAUCCAAAACCAAAAGAGAAAAUAGUUUCAAGUGUUGAUAAAAGGAGGGAAAUUUUCUUAUCAACCAGCCUAGCAAUAAUGUCAUUAGCCUCUGUUUCAAAGAGAUUCCAUUAUAAUUUGGGGAGAGUAUUAGAAGAUAUAGAUUGGAGCACCUAUAAGUAUGAUAAAUUUUUAACUGGUCAAAUUUCUUUUGGUAAACCAUUCAGCUUAUUUCAAAAACCAUUUACAAAUAUUCGAUAUGAUACACUUAUUAGAACUACCCCGUAUGAAUUUAUUGACUAUGCAUUUGCUCAAGUUGAAAAUUUAAUUAUAGUUGGUGAUGCUAUAAAUGUGAAAGAAGGUUGUUCAAAUAACGAUUAUAACAUAUAUGAUAUUGGAUAUACAACUUUUCCCCCAACGUACUCAUUCCCUUUUUUAACAAAACUUACAGUUCUUGGUAGAGCAACCAAAUGCCAAUCAUAUAAAGUUGAAACUGGUGGGUUAUAUUUAAUAAAAUAUAUUUUAUCAAAUACUGGUUGCAAAAUAGAAGAAUUUACAAUUAUAAACCAACAAUCACUGUAUUUACCAGACGAAUUCGAUACAAGUAUAAUCAAUAAUCUUUUAGAAUACCACUCAUCAACAUUGAAAACUGUAAGAUUAAAGUAUAGUUGCAAAGCACCCCAAAAACACAGCUUUGUUUCAAAAAUGAUUGAAUUACUCGAACCAUUCAAAACUAUUCAUAUUGAAUUAUACCAAGGAAAAUAUAAAUAUAAAAACCCAUUUAUAUUUCAGAGAUUAACUUUUGAUAGAGCAGAAAUUAAAUUAAGACCUAGUAAUAAAAAAAAUAAUAAUAAUAAUAAUGAUAAUAAUAAAAAAAUAAAAAAUAAUAAUAAUAAUAAUAUUAAUAAUAAUAAUAUUCAAUAUGACAGCAUUCAAAAAAAUAAAAUAUUUAUUGAUUAUAGUAAUACUAAUGUUUCUGGUAUAAGUACAUCAAUUAAUCAUUUUUUUAAUAAUUUUAUUCCUUUUGAAAUAAAGAAAAACCUUAAUAAUAGAAUAAUAGAAUAA